AUGAAGACCUUCCUAAUACUAUUGCUCAUCCCAAUUGUUAGCCAAUUCUUGGUAACACUGGGGAUGCAUCCCUCCGGGCAGGAAUUGGCGGCGCUGGGGCAGGACUCUUCGAUUGGAUGUCGACAAGGGAUUGUGGACUCUCUGUCUCCGCCGCGGAUGGUCGAGCUUGUGCCAGUGGAUGGAGGAGUCUCGAUCGACAUGCCCGCCUACGAUGACGUCUCGUCCUACGACAAAAUGAUCCGGGAAUAUAAUGCACAACACAAGAUUCCCCCGCCAGAGGACAGAUCGAUGGUCCCAUAUAAUCCGACGGACAGAGCCGGCCGAGACACCCGCAUCCAACGACCGGGAUCAGCAAUCACUCGGACCCGUGACGGGGAUGAUCGUAUUUGCACCAAGGGUUACAUGAUCGGUUGGGGGGCUUUUGGGCUCGGCGUAGUUAUCGUCGUCGUCGUCCUGCUACUCAAGGUGCUCCAUCCCGAGGCAGAUAACGGCCCUGGGUACCAAACUACUGCAAUGCCAUCUCCUCGUCGUGGGUUGUGACUUUCACCAGGGUCGGAUAACCCAACUGGAGACCCUGAAGCGUG